UUUUCGCCUGUAUUUGGCUGUACAUAGAAAAAGUAAAUCAUGGAUGGAAAUGAUGCGCAUGAAUAAUAUUCAAUAUAAGUUCUCUCUCUGUGUGUAUUUUUUUCCAGAGGUAUAUUUGUUGGAUUUCCAUUUCCAAUGUAAGGAAUGUGUGUGUGUGUGUGAUCGUAUCCGUGCGGCAAACGGACUGCAUGCCAUAUAUGUUCGGCUCUCGGCAUGCAAUGUGAUCUUCAGUGAUCUUCAAACGAGCGUUCCGGGUUCAAAUGAUGAGUAUAUACAUAUAUAUGUAUGUUUUGUUUUGUUUUUAAACGCUACGAAUUUUUACUCGGCGUCAUAUUUUGCCUUUUCUUCGAAGAAAAUUUAUAUACCAAAAUAAAAAUACACACUCAAAAUUGAGUGAUGUUCUUGAUGAAAUCUCAGAGAGUAAGAAAAGAGCAUUUUUCAUCUUCGACUCAUCAGCACACAAUAUCCAUAAAAUGAACGAGCCGCUGAAAUGGGUAAUGGGAUAUCAUUCAUGUGCACAUUAAAAAUAAAAGAAGAAACAAAACAAAAACUCCAAUUGAAAUAAACAAACCAAGUAACAACAACAGUGCACGAAAAAAAAUGGAAAUCAAAUAAGCAAUAACAGCAAUUGAAUUGUUAUAGAUUGUCGCACACAACAGCGCAAAUACACAAGUCCAUGUACAUGAUUCCCAAUUACAAUUUACUUACGGAUUUGUAUAAAUGGUGUGGUGCUUGGAUGGAAAUGGUACUCUUUCUGUGAAGCAUGCGAAUAAAACCAACAAACAAACGAAACAAAAAAACAACGCAGCAGCAGCACCAGUAGUGACAGCAACAAAAUGUAUAAAAUAAUACAAAAUCAAAUGCCCAACAACGACGACAAUAAUAACUAUGAAAUGCCGUAUAAGAAGAGUGCUAUGCGAAAAAUAUGCACAGCAUAGCCAAGCGGUGAACGUAGCGAGUGUAUUGAACGAAAUCAACUCUAAUUGGUGGUUCGUAUGGUAUUGUUGUCGCCGCCGUCUUCGCCUUUUUUCCUCUCACUCUCGACUUUUCUCUUUAUCUCUUAGGCAAUCCGUUGUUCCCGCUUUGGGUUCGACUUUGGAUACAGCGCGAGAGAAAACCCCGAAAAAGACGCACAGUGCUCUCUCUAUGUGUAUAUAUUUAUGUAGAUAGAUAUAUGGAUGUACAUAGGACUCUACAUUUAAAUAUAUAUGUAUGUAUACAUUUUCGACUUGCGCAUAUGUAUGCGAGUCAGAUCUCUCGUAUCGCAUGCGGUGCGAGUUAAAGGCGCGGCAUUUGGAAAAUGCUAUGUGCAUGUAUGCAAUGAGUCACACACAUAAAACAUAAAUAUUCGAGCGCACUCAGCAACUACGGGCAACUGUACUAAAUCGUGUCGUUGACAACGAUACAUCACUGUUGUUGCAGCAUGUUACUUUGCAAUCGUUGUUGGUUUUUUUUAUGCAAAAAUGGAUACAAAAGAUUUCGUUCAUUGUUCUAUAUGAAAUUUUCCGCAAAUUAAAAUUGCAAUUUGAAAAAUUCGCCAUCGACGUCACAUAAAAUCAAUUCGAGGCACCGUCAAUGGCAUUACUUGACCAAUUUCAGUGUAAUUAGGGAAUGAGCAAGAAAAAGGGUAAAUGUGUCGUGGAGCAUGUGAACGGUGAACGCGAGCACGAAAAUGGACGGAUUUUUCAUAUUCUCUAAUUGUAGCAUAUGUACAUGCUUUACGUGUGUAUCGCAUCAAACGACAGCAAAACAACGAACACUGUAUUUUUUUUUAAACUAAUAAGUUUUUCAUGAAAUUCAUGCUUGAAAAACGCUGGCACUAAUAAAGCUUAAAGAGUACCGUACACACAAGUCGCACAGCAACAAUACAAUUUCCACAUUCUUUGUAUAUCUAUCUAUCUACGUAAUGUAUACAAAUGAAUCGAUAUUGCUUUAGCCUUUUUCACUUUGAACUGAUAAUAAUUUUCGUGGUUGAACAAAAAAAACGAACUAACUAACAACAAAUCACAUUUGAAAGUGAAUUUAGGGGACAGUUUCGUUUGCAUUAUUUUUUUCGAUGAACAUAAAUAGAGGGUCAACAAUAUUCACUGCCAUUGAACCAAAUGAUAUUAAGUUGCCGCGCAAAUUUGUCCCUUCAAAUGAAUUUCGGCCGAAUGGAAAACAACAAAUAAAAAUGAAGUGUGCGCGCUUACAUUUUUACUGUUACUCGAGUCAUUUUGCGAUCAAUCAAAUUUCUCCAUUGCUAUAUGGCUGUUAUUCGAUUAGUUAUUGGCGAAAAAGAUUAUUAUAGGAAUACAGUUUUCGAGCAGCUAUCCGAAAGUGAGUGAACGCGUUGUAAUUUUGAUAAAUUUAAAUUGUUUAAUGAACUUCCUCUUCUCCACUAUUUAAAAUGCGUUGAGUAGACGUUUGUUGUUUGUCUAACUGUUUCUAUGUUGUUGCUGUUUAUUUUUUCUUCUAUCUUUCUUGGAAAGACACUGAAUAUGGGCGGUGAAGCGUGUAAAUAACAGACAAAUUCUCAAUCGCCUCACCAUACAUUAAAUUAAGAUGAUAAACCUCUUUUUGAAAGAAUUACUAGCAUUUUUUGCAUCUCCUGUUAUUCAAAGAUGAUUAUCAUCGUUGCUUAAAUUAUUUCGGGCGUUGCAUAUUAUACAUUAUGAUUAGAGGUGCUUGUGUGUUCACCGAUACACAUGCAAAAACGUCACAAACACGCACAAAAUAUUGGAAAAGACCGCUUUCCAUAUAACUGUAUAAGUGGCGUGGUUGUGGAAAAUUCUCCAUUGCCCAUAACAUUAUGAUUUUGUUGCUAUUGUUGUUGUUGUUGAAAGAAAAAAACAAGGAAUCGGUUUAAACUUUUGAAAACGAUCGCAUGAAAAUCGCCCAGCGAUGGUUAAAUUUGAAUUUUCCACAAUCGCGAGAAAAAAAAACCAUGUAUCGAAUCAAGACGAAGCAAUGCGACCACGAGACCAAGUCUAUUGAACAUGUGUAUGCGUGUGCAAAAGUAAAUGAGAGCCAAUGUGUGCGGUUCCAAAGAAGAAUAAUGAAAAUAAGAACGAGUAAGAGAGAGAUAGAGAGAAAGAGAGAGACAGAUAGAGAGAGAGAGAGAGAGAGAGAGAGAGAAGAAAAACGUCCAAGAGUACAUAAAUUACAAUCUUCAAUUUCUUUUCUGUUUGCUCUAAAAUUGUUGGCUAGUCUUUCGAUUUCAUUUCUAUUUUCCAAAUCGUAUGAUCUAGUUAAAAUGAAGUCAAAGAAAACAAAGCAGCACCCAGCUACAGCUACAGCUUAGCACAUAAUUGUGGAAUCACAACUAAAAUUUAUUAAAUUACUAUUUCAAUUUAUUGUUUACUGGAAAGGAAAGAAAGAGCGGCAGUCAACUCCCUUUCUUUCUGUUUCUAUCUCCCUCUAUCUCACUUCUUAUCGGAUGCACACACACAGACAAUGUGUGCGUCAGAUGCGGAAAAGAGAAAAAAAAUAAGAAGAGAUAGGCGCGCACAAUUUCAUUUCUCUCUUGUUAUUUAUUGGUUUUAUGUUUUAUUUGAUUUAAUAUCUUAUGUUUUUUUGAUCAUGAUUUUUCGGUUGGCCGUACCGUUACUGCUUCUUCAUUUGUGUGUUGUUGUUGUUGGUUUUUCUUCAAUUUUUGCUAUUGUCUAUUAAACAUUUCGUUUUGUUUUGUAUUGUAUUGUAACGAUAUUGAUUUUAUCUUUUCUAAUAUUUUAAAUGGGUGAAAAAAAGACGUUACUUCUUAGCUGCAUGCAAUGUUGUGGUUUAUGCGUUAUUUUUUUUCUUAUGUUUGCUUCUCUUGAUACAAUAAAUUUUUCUUUCCCAGACAAGAAGCAAAACACACAUGCAGCAGCAAGAAAUUCACCAGCAAAAAUAAAUAGAACAAAUUUCUAAUCAAACUGAAUAUGAAUAAAUACGUGGAACAAAAAAAAAGGAAAUUGAAAACGAAUUGCCCGAACGACGUUAAUUCGCGAAUAUGCGGAGAUUUUUUCGGUAAAUUCAAAGAAAUAAGAAGUUCAACGAAGUGAAGAGUUUUUCAAAUCUUUUGUGCACAAGUGACACGAGUAUAUAAUAUAAAAAAAAUCGAUCGAAUUGCCGAUCUAGUGAAUGCCAAUUCAAAUAUGGUUGAAUCAUCUGGAUUAUUAAUGUCUCGCAAUAAUCCAUUGGAUGUAAUGUCAACUGGAGCGAGUACGGUGAAUCCAAAUGCCGCGGCCGUAACAAUGAUUGGAGCCAUCGGGACAGCAAGAUGCGGUGUGCUGGAAACGAGAGUACGGGGUGCAUGGUAUCGUGUAACAUUAACACUUGAAUCUGAUUACUUGUCCGUUAGCCUGGACGAAACAUGUGAACCAAUCGACCAAACAACCACAUUGAACGGCACUUUGGGAUCAAAUCAUAGUGGGAAUAACGGAUCAAGCGGGUCGCUGCCAUCAUCAGGAAUUGGUGGAAACGGCGUAUCGUCGUUGAAUUCCGAUGAGACUAACAACAGCGAGUACUUGAAUAACAACAAUAAUUCAGCGGACAACAGUGCAGGGGCAGGGGCUGAAAUGUGCGAUGUACCUUAUGAAGUAGCAAAUCAAAAAAGACACGUAAGAAUUACCAAAUCGGAUAAUAAUGGACUAGGAAUAUCAAUAAAAGGCGGCCGAGAAAAUCGUAUGCCAAUUUUAAUAUCGAAAAUAUUUCGAGGAAUGGCUGCUGAUAGUGCAAAAGGGUUGUACGUAGGCGAUGCGAUAUUAUCGGUUAAUGGUGAAGAAUUACGUGAUGCCACGCAUGAAGAAGCCGUUCGUGCGCUGAAACGGGCUGGACGUGUGGUUGAUUUAGAAGUUAAAUUUUUAAGGGAGGUGACCCCAUACUUUCGGAAGGCGAGCAUCAUAUCUGAGGUUGGAUGGGAGUUGCAACGAGCAUUUUUAUGUCCAUUGAUUAAUCCAAAUGGUUCAAAUACGCUGAGCACAUCGUCAAAAUCUUUGUCACCACCAUCUGCGCCGAAAAGUCCACCCCGAGCCGAUACUCGUUACAUACCGCUACAGUUGACACAUCUUGCUCGAAACUUAAAAUACCACGAUCCAGAAAAUCGCUGUAUUGAACUUCAUUCACCGGAUGGAGUACAUUCGUGUAUUUUACGUGCUGGAGAUCCACAAGAGGCGUUAGCCUGGUUUAAUGCAUUGCAUUCGGCAAUUGCACGUAGCACACAGCGAGCUUUACUCGAUGCAAAUCGAGCACUCUCCAAUAUUAUUGGUGAAUUGAAGCAUAUCGGCUGGUUGAGUCGCCGCGUAGGAAACGAACAGCAAAAUGGCCAAUCGAGCUCGGAAAGUUCUGACGAUUUGGAUCGAUGGCUACCGGUUUUUGUUGGCAUCACUGACCGGGAAAUACGGAUAUACGAAAGCGCUCCGUGGUCAUUGGAAGCCUGGAGUCGACCCGUUGAAAAUUCGCCACUGGCAUCAACACGAUUAGCUGGUACGGCUGGUACGGUCAACAAUUCAACCGUUAACUCAAACUCGAAUCAGUCGACGGUAUUUUGUGUGCGUUGUGGGACGCCACGCGGAAUUAUCACACACUGUUUUCGAUCGGAAACACAUAGAGAUAUGGCUGCGUGGGCUCGGGCUUUAGUGCAAGGCACUCACAAUGCCAUUAAUUACCAACGAGAAUUUUCUUUCCGAUGCUUGUAUCAGAAUCGACCAUGUCAACUGCUGGUGCAUUUGGAUCGUGGAUUUUCAUUGGUUGACAGUGGAUUGGGAUCACCAGCAAAAGUACUGUGGACAUAUUCAUUUGAUAAGCUAAAAGCAUCGGCCGAUGAUGGAAAUCGACUGCUCUUCUUGGACUUUGGGGGUGACGAAGGCGAAAUCGAGCUCGAUAUGGAAUGCUGCCCAAAACCUGUGGUGUUCGUACUACACAAUUGUUUAUCGGCUAAAGUACAUUCGCUCAUAUAAUCUCGACUGACUGACUGAAAGAAGGAGCUCCGAAACGUCGUCAGAUGGUACAAUGGUUCCCUCAAUGCUGUUAGCGUUACCUGUAUAUGACCACAUUAAAUCAUAGUACAUAUUGAAAAUAUAUAAGAGUAUUGGCAACAGCAUUAAGGUCGAAACAUCGGUUCCUCAACUAGGAACAAUAGAUUUGAAGUAGAUGUUUUUUUGUAAAUCAAAAAGAAAUCGCUGAGGAUCUCUUCCCGUGAUAAUCACAAAACCACUUUAGAACUUUUUUCAUGGGGUGAUGAAUGUUACCCGGUUCAUUUUCUGUUUCUUGGAAUUUGAACCACGUAGUGACGAACUGUUUUGUGCAAGCACUGUUUAUAAUCAUGCACAUUAUACACAUGACCGCAAUAACACGAUCUUCUGUCCCAUUUACACGGGGAAAGGUCGGUUUUUCGGCGAUCGUUAUGCAAAAAUUAGAAGAAAAGAAAAACCAAACACAUAUUCUGGGAACACACGACUAUAGUCAAAGAAAUAGCUAUCUCUUUGACCGAGUGUUUUUCAAAAUGGAAGUUCCAUAACGGACAUCAUUUUUUUUAAAUCGACCAUUUGUUUACUCAAUCAACACAAAAAUCCAAAAUAACUCGUAAUUAUCUAACAUUUUAUCCGUACAUAUCUUUUUAAACAUGGUCUUUUAUUAAACAAACAAACAACACCCUUUAAUACUAUAUUUGAAUGAUGGACAAAUCUAUUGUUAUAUUAAAACCUAUAAUUAAAGCGAACAUAGACAUCAACCACUUGUGAAUGUCAAUCAAAAAUUUAUUGAGACUUAUUGAUGAACAGAAUUUGAUUUAGAAUGAAAUGAAAAGACGAAAAUGGAGAAAAAACAACCACAAUAUCAAACACAACAUUUGAACUCUAAUUAAACUCAGUCGCAUUGCAUUGCAUUGCAUUGCAUAGAUCGUACAUGCAUAUAGAUUGAUUUGAGACGAUACAUGCAUAAUUGGCACCGUUACUUUCACUCACUCUCCAGCUCACGCUAUCAACACGAUUUCAAUCAAAAUAUCUGAAAUUCCAAUUACUUUAGAUGUAAUGUUGAAAAGUCUACAAAGAAUAUAGACAUUCUUGCGGUGCAACCCAUCAUUAAGCAUAAAUUCCAAAAAAAUGCCGUGUCGGUAGCAAAUUUGAAAUAGUGACAACAAAAUGAUUUAAUAAGUGUGAUCAAAAAGUGUAAUUGAUUUUAUUUCGAUUUUGGUGCAGCUCAUUCAAUGCAAUUAAACUCAAGAAUAGGGGCGUACGGAAUGAUGAUUGCUCCUUGAAUAACAAAACAAAAAUAAAAUACAUUCCGAAUUUCCACGCGGGUCUCAAAACCAAACAAUACUUGGCAAUGCAAUGUAUGAUGAUGAUUGCAGCUAUAGCUAUACUAUAGUAGAUUUUUAUACGCAUAUAAAAUUAAAUCACUUUUACUAUUUUCUAUCAAAGAACAAACGAAAAUUCCAUUUAGUUAUGGAAAAAUGGCAUUAAGUCUUUGCAGUUAGCAAAAUGCUAGAUAAUUAAGGGAAAAAAUCUACAAAAAUGCGCAUAAUUCCACUUGAUCUUUCUCUCUGUCUUCAUACAGUUACCUGAAAGUGGUCUAUGGUUUUGUGAAUUCAAUGAGGUAUAUGUUGUUUCCUCGUUCGAAAGAAAUGUGUUGACCUCAAAGACUUUUCAGUCAAUAGAAAUAGAAUGGACACCAUUUUGACCAUGAACAUCUCAGACUAGAUACUUUUUCUACCUUUGUUUUCCUCGUAUUUACCUCAUGUAGAAAUAUUAAAUUCAACCAGAGAUGACUGAGCGCAUACUCAUUUGUAUAUUUUGCUUUGAGAGUCUCUUUAGCGCGCGGUGCGUCAAUCUGCAAUUGCUAAAAAAAAUUCACUGCGUGCCCGGCUCAAUUUUUAUUAAUAUCAUUGAUUUUGCUUUAAAAAAACAACACAAACGUUCCGGUGCGCUCUAACGCACUUCUAAAAAUAUCAAUCGAUAUUAGUCAUAUCACAAGCACGUUUUACGUAUGCAAAAACAUUUGCAGUGCGUACAAUGCCAUUCAUUUCGCCUAGGGGCUUAUGUGUCACGCGACUCAGUGCAAAUCUUACAAGUCAGUAGAAAAAAAUAUAGACAGUCGCACGAGUUUUGUCAAUCUGUGCGAAGAUUCGCGAGUCUUUCAUACGAGUUCGUGAAUCACUAAGUUAUUUAAAGGUUUUCAUACAAUUUUGACAUUUCAAUUGAUCAUAGCUGACUCGUGUUGAGUCGUAGGUUUGCCAAACAAUUUCUGUGCUGCGAAUUCCAGCGACUUGUGUUUCGAUUUUCAUGAGCUAUGCUAGUCUAUAUAGGAAUUUUUUAUGUCUUCUCUGACUCACGACGACAAACAAGACCGUUGCAAAUCGCUUCGGUUAUCUCUGAGUUGAACUAUGAUUACCCAUUUUUUGGUGCGAAUGAUCAAAAAUUGAAGCGAAGAAAAUCUAAAGAAAAAUAUAAAACAAAUGAAAAUUGUUUAGUUUAGGAUUCUAGCUAAAUAUAAUGAUGACAAAUGAAAAGAUAGAGACAAAUUGGUCAGUAUUAUAGACAUUCUUGGGUCUGACAAAGAAAGAAAUCAACAUCAACAACAACAAAAACGCACUUUCAAGCGUUUAUCUUGUAUUUGAUAAUAAAUUUAUAUAUAUAUUUCGUAUUACUCAAGCAAUGAUAUGAAAAUAUUAUCUAGUGAUAUCACCAGAAAAAAAAACGAAACCAAACCAAAUUGUAACGACAAAACCAUUGAAUUUAAGCAAACAGAAACAAAAAGCACCGUAUCAUUUGAAUGAAUAAAUUGUAGUUGGCAUUCCUUCUGCCGAAAUGUUUUUUAGUAAAUGUUUUGAGAAAAUAUCAGAAAAAAACCGUUCAUUGUGUUCUGACCUAAAUCUGUGAGCUCUUUUUCGGUGUAAAAAAUUUCAUGGUAAGUACAAGAUUCUAUAGAAUCUAAGAGAUGGCUCCACGUGCAAAUACUUGAUUGCCAUACUGGUACAAUAUUGUGAAGUAGUGUUUUGAGCUGUGAAGUCAUUCGUAAGUUUGCUGUGGAUGCGAGCAGAUCACUUUCACUAAUGGGACGUCAUUGCGUCUCAUUGUGAGAUGUAUUUCAUAUCCAAAAAUAACGAAAAAAAGAUAUCGCAUUUAACAGUUUAAAAUGCAUGACAAAAAUAGACGUAGAAAGUAGGUUCACGGUGUCAAACUCAGCAGCAUUGAAAUGAGUCAGUCGUUUGGUGAGCAUUGAACAUACAAGUUGUAUGCCUGCGGUCUGGUGUUCAUAGUCAACAUGCGUCGACCGCGUGCAAACAAAGACCAUAAUGAAGCGGCUGUAUAUUACAAACUGUCGCCGACGUGUACACACAAUAAAAUUAUCAGCGAAGUCUUCAACAACCAUGUUCAAUUCACAGAAUACAAACGAGUCACAUUCCCUUACCAAGAUCGAAAUUCCUGACAAGCAACUUACGAAUUAAAUAGAGAGCAAACAGAAACGGAGGGCAUCAAGAUGUAUACACGGCCCACGUUCGUCACAAAAUACCGUACAGUACAAAACAGAGCAAAAUACAGAUGUACCAGCACAAUCGUAAUUUAAAUCAAUUCAACCGGAUCGAAACCAUAUGGAAAUUAACGCUAAGUUCACAUUGAUUUUUUGAUUUUGAUACACCCGAACAGUUGAAAUGCUCUCAAUUUCUUUAGUUGAAUCAGUUGAUUGUUUUUUUUUUCUCGUGUAUAGUGUGAUUUUUUUGCAUUAACUCAUUUUUUUUCUCGUUAAAUUUAAUCCAAAGAAAGAGAUUCCAGUCAUUUUUUAUGACCAAAUUGGGUAAUCGAUUGGAAUUGGUUUUCAUAUGUUUUCUUGAGAUUAACUUUUCGUGUGAAUUGUUUCUAGCAAUAUGGCCGUCUGAGUCAUUUUCAAGUUCUAAGUGAAUUAAUUGAAGACAAAAAAUUAAAUUUCCAUAACCAUAAUGAUGGUUCGAAGAAUUAAUUUCGAAAAUGAAGAAAAAAACACAAAUAAAGCUGAGCUGUGACUAGCUAGCUUUAUUCAAAUUGAGUGCAUGCAAUCAAUUUCGGAAUAAUGAGCAUCUAGAAAAUAGUUGGCAUUAUUCUUUUGGCCUUAACGGUGUGUUAAUAGUUUUGCGUGAUAAACGCUGAUUAUUGCCAGGAAAAGUCAAUACAGUUAAACAUUCAUUUUAGAAUGAUACUGUUAUUGUUCUUUUUGUAUUCAGUUAGGCUCUCGAGUAAACGGUACCGUUUCAUGCAUUUGUAUUUGGUUUACGAUUUCGUUGGAAUGUUCCGAAUGGCUGCAUUUUUAAACACCGUGUCGCUCUCGAUCGGAAUCAAUUAACAUUUUUACAAAACGUGAUUAGAAUGGGUUUUCAUAUGUCGAUUGAGAUCAGCUUCUGAGUAAAUUUCUUGAACAAAGCAUCCUUCGUUGUCUUCAGAAUUAAUGUCAGCUCCAUACGAGGAAAACCAAAUGUAUCUUCCUUCUUGGAAAAAUACGCUAUAACUGCUUAUGUAUCUCUGACAUUUUCCCCAAAGAAAAGGAAUUCCAACCAACAAAUCCAACGGUUUUAAGAUAACAAAUCGAAUUUAAAGAACAAAAUGAAGGUAAAUUCAAAAAGAAUCUUGACUGAAAUAUCCCAAUUCAAACGAUAUAAUCGCUCUCUUAUUCAGUCAUAAAUAUUCACGUUUGCAUAUCCGGUGUCUGUACCAAUUGACGAUAAAGUAUUCAUAUUCGUGCAAUACUUGAGAAAGCGUUCUUAAAUUUCUUCUAAUGUUAUGUUAAGUUUAUAAAGGAAAGUAGAAUAAGAUUGAUUUUAUUUUAAAUAUUUUCAAUGACAAUAUAAUAGACAUAGUCUAUUAUUCGAUAGCAAAGCCUACUAUUCGUGACAUGUUAGAUUUUGCAAAACAAAUAGAAUGUAUUUCUCCUCUUGGAAAAAUACGCUCUAACUCCUUAUGUAUCUCUGCUAUUUCUUCCAAGAAAGAAUUCUCAACUCCCAGUAUUGACACUAAAUCAUUCAUAUUCGUGCAAUACUUGAGAAAGCGUUCUUAAAGCGAAAUUUUAAGGCAUCGAUACAAAUUCUCACCAUUGAAAACCCCCAUGGGUUUUCAUAUGCUUUUUGAGAUAAACAACUAUCACGACUUGGGUCAUUAAUUGAACAUUUUCCCCCCAAAAUUAGAACAUUUCUUUCCGCUAAAGUAUUCAUAUUCGUGCAAUACUUGAGAAAGCGUUCUUGAAUCAGGUCGGCAUUAAUUCCGAGAUCUUUCAGUUUGGGCAUCUGUGGUAGCUUCAUACUUUCUUCGAUAUACAAACUGGUUAAACCCGGCAAUUUAUCUGCUAGUUUACCAUUUUCCAACGUAUUGCUCCCAGCGUAAAUGUGCAAAUCCUUUUAAAAAUUACGAUUCUGGAGGUCAUACAGAAUACGGUCGUAUUCUUUACUGCCUUUAGAGAGGUAAAUGAUCAAAUCAUUCAUAUUGACAAUGGAGUUAUUAAGCUCCAUUCUAUAUUUUUGCAAAAUAUUUGCGUCAAUUGCAAGGCUAGUUAAAUUCAGGUGUUCAUUUAAAAAAGAUUCUAUUCGUGUGAAAUGGUCAUUCGAAUUGGUAAUCUUUAACCUCUCAAGUGAUGGAUAACGAUGAAAAAGACAUUCAUUUGAAUUGGCAGAAUAAUCAAUGUUCAGAUAUUUCAAAUCCACACAAAAUUUGAGAAAAUCUUUAUAGACAUUGCCAUUUUUUACACUGCAAUCUACCAUCUUUAUUUCCGUUAUUUUUAUUAGAAUGUUUUUCAUUUCAUCGAUGGCAGGUUUGGUUAAUGUUAGAUUUUGCAAAUCAAAUAGAAUGUAUCUUUCUUCUUGGAAAAAUACGCUCUAACUGCUUAUGUAUCUCAGUUGUACUCACCUUGUAGAUUGUCAAUCAUCGUCGGGAAAAAGCACCCCAUGAAAAUCCCGCGAAACGGGUUUCCCCUGAAAAAGAAUUCUUAACUCUUUGUAUUGACACUAAAUAAUUCAUAUUCGUGCAAUACUUGAGAAAGCGUUCUUGAGAAUUAAAUUUUUUGCAAUAAUAUUGGAACGCAUCAUAUUUGAACAGUACUUUAGGAUACUGAUUGUUGAAUUUAAAAUGAAACUCUUCACAAGAAAUGAAGCUUCCAUAUUAAUACUACUUCUUUUCAGCUGCUAUAUUAAAUACAUAUAUGGUCGUAUGACUUGAAUUUUUAUUUUCAACAAAAAGAAAACAAAUUAUACCCAAGUGGUAAAGCAAUUGAAAUGAUCCUUUAAUGGUUUCUGAGUUAAGUUUCACGCUUCGGAUAAAUACAUAGAACAAAACAUACGUAUAUAUCGCGAAGCCAUCUAGAGAAUCAAAAAAUCGCAUUUAUGAAUCCAAAAGCGAUUCAAAAUUUAAAAGAUUAUGUACAGAAAAAUAAUUACCUAUGAACUUGAAAUUGGAUUGAAACAUUUAAAAAAAAAGGAACAAAAUGCAUACGUGAUGUUCUAAAAGAAAAUGGAUUAGCAUCGCCAAUUGCGCGAUGCUUCAGAAAAAUUUCAUUCUGGAAAAUGCAUAGAAGUCUUGACUGUUCUUUGCGGAAACAUUUUGUGUAAAUUGUUUUGAGCAAUGCUUUUUUUAUCUUUCAAUAUUUGUAUACCGUUAUUAAAUGUCAAUCUUAAAAUACAUAUUAUUUGGAACACAUUUCAUGAGCUGGAAUGUGCAAGCAUGCACGGGUGAUAUGAAUGGAAUACAUAAGUAGUCAUAUUCACUGCACGCGCAUGCUUGGCUCUAACUUUGCAUAAAAUAAUCCACACUUUCUCUAACCACGGAAACAAACUCUUAUUUCUUCCCCUUUAACACUUCCACAAACUUUGGAUGAUGUCCAAAUUAAGAAAGUGCUCAUCUAAUAUAUAUUUAUGAUGAAAGUAAUAUCGUCCUAGUCAACUGAAUAGUUGCCAAAAUUCAGGAGAAUGCAAAAAAUCACACAUUUAAAUUUCACAUUGUAAUUAAUUUUAUUUCAAAACCAAUAUGUAUAUUUCCUUUUUUUGUUACAAUUUAAGAGAGAAAAAUGUUGUAAUUUCGCAGUUUAAUUUUGAAAAAAAGCGAGCUAUAUAAUGUUUCAAGAUCAGUUUUGUUCAUUUUAAACAUACAGAGUGUAAUAAAAACCAAUCCAAUUACCUUUUUUAUGCUGUAUUAGUCAAGGAAAGUUCAUCAUUUUUCAUACGUGUAUCGAAGUGUGAACUUAGCAAAUAAACCAUGUAAUAAAUUUGUGAUAAACUAAGAAA